CAUUUUCUUUAAAUCAUACAGCCCCACUCACAUUGAAGUGUUUGAUUUUUUUUUUUCUCUUCCCCUCUCUCUGUCUCAUAUAUACCAAAAUGGUAUACAAAAGAAAUGAACCACAUGUCAUAUUUGUACCAUAUCCAGGCCAAGGUCACAUUAACCCACUCCUACAAUUUGCAAAACGUUUAGCCUCAAAAGGUGUCAAAGCAACCAUAGCCACAACUAAAUACACUGUAAAGUCAAUUAAUUCACCAAACAUCUCAGUUGAAGCAAUUUCUGAUGGAUUUGAUGAGGGUGGUUUCUCCCAAGCCCAAAAAGCUGAUGUAUUUCUCAAAUCGUUCGAAGAAAAUGGCUCGAGAACUCUAUCACAACUCGUCAAAAAAUACAAAAAAUCAACACAUCCGAUAAGUUGCAUAGUUUACGAUUCGUUCUUUCCGUGGGCUCUUCAUGUGGCAAAACAACAUGGAAUUUAUGGAGCUGCAUUUUUCACAAAUUCCGCCACGGUUUGUGCUGUGUUUGCUCAUAUUCACCAAGGAACAUUUUCGUUGCCAGUGAGGAUUGAAGAAAAUGAACCUUUGUUAUUGCCUGGUUUACCUUCUUUGUACCCUCUUGAUGUUCCUGGAUUUAUUAGGGAUCCUGAAAGUUACCCUGCUUAUUUAGCUAUGAAAAUGAGUCAAUUCUCCAAUGUGGAAAAUGCUGACUGGAUUUUUGAUAACUCAUUUCAAGAACUAGAAGGAGAGAUAGCAAGAGGAGUAUCAAAUCUUUGGCCAGCAAAGUUAAUUGGACCAAUGGUGCCAUCUUCAUAUUUGGAUGGAAGAAUUGAAGGUGACAAAGGGUACGGAGCAAGUCUAUGGAAACCCCUUAGUGAAGAAUGCCUCAAAUGGCUAAAAACAAAACCAAUUCAAUCAGUAAUUUACAUUUCCUUCGGAAGCAUGGUAGCACUCACACCAAAACAAAUGGAAGAAAUGGCAUAUGCUUUGAUAGGCAGCAAUAUGAACUUUCUUUGGGUUGUAAGAGAAACCGAAAAAUGCAAAUUGCCUAAAGGAUUCGUAGAAUCCACAAAAGGGAAAGGACUCGUAGUGUCAUGGUGCAAUCAGCUCGAAAUGCUGGCAAAUCAAGCCAUUGGUUGUUUCGUGACUCAUUGUGGAUGGAAUUCAACUCUGGAAGGUCUGAGCCUUGGUGUGCCAAUGGUGGCGAUGCCACAAUGGUCCGAUCAAAUGACGGAUGCUAAAUUUAUAGAUGAAAUAUGGAAAAUUGGUGUGAGGCCUAAGUUGGAUGAGUUUGGAAUUGUUAGAAGAGAAGAGUUAUUGUUUUGUUUAAAAGAGGUAAUGGAAGGGGAGAGGAGUUAUGAGAUUAGGAGAAAUGCUAGCAAAUGGAGAAAUUUGGCUAAGACAACAGCUAGUGAAGGAGGUAGUUCGGACAAGGCUAUUAAUGAAUUUGUGGACAUUCUAAGCUCUAAUGAAUUUGUGGACAUUCUAAGCUCUAAAGUUAGCCUGGUAGAUGAAGUACACACUACAAGAAAGUAUAGAAAUGUUAAUAAAGAAUUUAAUAUUUGGCAAUGUAUAUGGGUAAAACUGAGGACAUGGACGUAUUCGGUUUUCCGAUGUUAAGGUUAUGCUCGGCCAGGAUACGACCGGCUUAUCGGGGAUAAGGCAUCAAGCUCGAUCUGGAACGAGGCGUUAAAGCAGGUAGAAGAGGCGGUUAACCACCAUGAAGAGAAGAUCGGAAUAUCCGCCCUCAGUCGGGUAUUUCGGCACCAAUCCCGGCAACAACUAUCAACAGAUUCCUUUCCUUACUUAGAAUUGUACUAGGGUUAGGACUCCUCUAUUAUAUCAAGAGGCCCCCAUUCAUUUAAAGGGUUCUGCUCCAUAGA